AUGGCAUGUGUUAGUUGUGUAGAACUUGUAAUCAUGAAACGAAAAGAACGUAGCUGGAUGUACGAAAGGAAGGUUGGGAAUUCUAUUAAUCCUGAGUUCUUGAAGGGGGUAGAUGAAUUCCUUAAAUAUUUGGAAGAUCAUCCCGAGAGUAGCAACCCGAAUGAAGUUAGGUGUCCAUGUUUUAAAUGCAAAAACAAACGUCUCUGGGAUCCAGAUACGGUCAAACUUCAUUUGUAUCGCAGCGGUUUUUUACCUAAUUACUACGAGUGGAUGUGUCAUGGGGAAGGGUUUCCAGGAACUCGUAGAAGGGAGUCAAAUGAAUAUCGUGAAAUGGUUUUGGAUGCCUUUGGUCAGUCUCAAGAUCAAGGCCAUUCCGAAGAGCCACCUGUUUCAUUAGAGGAGGAGCCUAAUGCACAAGCCAAGCCAUUUUUUGAUUUGUUAAGGGCUUCUGAACAACCGUUGUACGAAGGGAGUUCAUUUUCUGUGUUAGAGAUGGCUUCUAGAAUCACUAGCCUAAAGUGUGAGUAUAAUUUGCUGCACAGAUGUGUUGAUGGAUUUGCUUCUUUGGUUAAUGAAGCGAUUCCUAACAACAACCACAUGGCCGAGACAUUCUAUGAGGUCAAGAAAAUUGUUAAGGGGUUAGAGCUGCCCCAUGAAAAGAUUCAUGCAUGCCCGAAAGGAUGUAUGUUGUUUUGGAAAGAUGAUGCUCAAUUAUCUACAUGUAGGGUGUGUGGCAGCGACCGAUACAAGAAGACUUCUAAAGGUAGCUUAGUGCCUUUGAAUGUUCUAUUUUAUUUCCCUAUCACACCUAGGUUGCAAAGGAUUUUUGCAACUAAAAACAUUUCUGAGGAAAUGACAUGGCAUGCUAAAAAUCCUCGAGUUCAAGGCACAAUGGCACACCCUAGCGAUAGUGAAGCGUGGAAACACUUAGAUAGUUGCUUUCCUGAGUUUUCCUCUGAACCUCGUAAUGUUCGACUUGGCCUAUGUACGGAUGGAUUUGCUCCACAUGCCGGUAAGAAGGCUUGUCCAUAUUGCAUGGAGAAAAGCAAAGCAUUUUGGCUCGAAAAUUGUGGUAAGGUUUCUUGGUUUGACUACCAUCGUCAAUUCCUUCCGACAAAUCAUCCUUUUCGAAAUAGUAAAAAUGCAUUUUGUAAAAACAAAGUCGAAAAAGGUUCACCACCUCACAUCAUGUCAGGAGAGGAACUUUGGGAAUGUGUGAAAAACCUCCCGAAAGCAACAGAUGGCCCUGAGGCACUGAAACGUGUCAAGAAUGCAAAAAAAAGGGUGGUUCAAGCAAAGAACUCUAUGGGACCUUCCAUAUUGGAAACAUCUACUUGUUCGUCACAACUUAGAUGUCAUGCACGUUGA